AAAUGCAUAAAUAGCUACUAAGACAUUUUAUUUUGACAUAAUGACCCAUUAAACGCGUCCUUUGAAAAUGCACCUUGGAAACCAAGAAAACAAUGGAUAUGGGUCAAAAAAGCUCUUUCAAUCAAAUUUUGUGCAAAUUACUUAGAACUAAAAAAUAUGUUUUUUGACACUCCGAAAAAACCUCGUCGAACGCUGCGCUAUGUGGAAAAAGCAUUCGAACAAGUCAAAUCAAAAAAAAGCGUUCGAGAUGUUGUGAUUCUUAACGAUUCGGGACAUCCGGUGAUGAGUACAAUGGCCCAAAACGAAGCUGUACAAUUUUCAGGACAUUUCCAAGCCAUUCGCGGCAGAUUGGAACGUGGAAUGAAUAAAAUCGACCCGACAGAUGAACUCUUAAUGCUGAGAGUGCGAACAAAAACAAAUGAGGUUCUUCUAGUGCCAGACUCCAAAAUUACAAUCAUCGUAGUGCAGAACGCGCAUGAUAACUUUGUAAAGUAAAAAAAACAAAAUGAUAAGAUAAAUGUC